AUGGCUGCGACCGGUGAAUCUGAGUUCAGACCGCUGCUAAACGAGGGAGUUGGCUAUGGCGUCGUUGUCGGCGUCGGGUUCUUCUUUGCGGCGCUUAUGCUCGUUCUCACAACCCUGCAAGCCAAGUUCUCAAACUUCUCCCCAAGAUCAUCCGAGGAGUUUACGAGCGCGUCGCGAAGCGUCAAGCCAGGGCUAGUGUGCUGCGGCAUUGUGAGCGCAUGGACGUGGAGCGCGACUCUACUUCAAUCUAGCACAGCAGCGUACACCUUCGGCGUCAGCGGUCCAUGGUGGUACGGAGUCGGAGGAACGAUUCAGCUGGGCUUCUUCGCCAUGGUCGCCGCAAAAGUCAAGAUGAAUGCCAACGGCGCGCACACUUUCCUCGAGAUCGUGAAGGCACGCUUCGGAACCGGGGCACACUUGUUAUUCACGUUCUACGCCUUCCUCUGCAUCCUGAUUGUCUGCGGGGGUCUCCUACUGGGCGGCGCAGCCACCGUGAACGCGCUGACGGGGAUGAACAUCAUCGCCGCGUGCUUCCUCCUCCCGAUCGGCAUCGCCGUCUACGUCGUCUUCGGUGGCCUCCGCGCGACGUUCAUCUGCGACUACGCACACACCCUCAUCCUCUUCGUCAUCAUCUACAUAUUCUUCGGCGAGGUGUACGGAGCGUCGAAAGAAGUCGGGAGCGUCGGCGCUCUGUACGAUCUGCUCGUACAAGCGGGGAAAGAUACGCCCGUGGUGGGGAACCAAGAUGGGAGCUACGUCACGAUGAAGUCGAACCAGGGCCUCGUCUUCGGUGCGGCUACGAUCCUCUCAGGUUUCUCUGGAGUUUUCUGUGAUCAAGGCUAUUGGCAGAGGGCGAUCGCCAGCGCUCCUCGCUCGACGACCAAAGCUUACAUGCUCGGUGGACUGUCAUGGUUCGCAGUACCAUGGGCAUUCGCCUCAUGCCUCGGCCUGGCCGCACGCGCCCUCGUAAGCAACCCCAAGUUCCCCACCUUCCCGAACCCGCUCUCCGCCUCCCAGACCAGCGCCGGCCUCGCCGCGCCCGCGGCAGCCGCCGUCGUGAUGGGCAAGGGCGGUGCCAUCGCGAUCCUGCUCGUGGUCUUCAUGGCAGUCACCUCCGCAAUGAGCGCCGAGCUCAUCGGCGUCUCCAGUCUCUUUGCUUACGACUUGUACCGGACGUACUUGCGCCCGCAGGCGACGAGCGCGGAGAUCGUGCGCGUGUCGCACUACUUCAUCUGCUUCUGGGCCGUCUGGGCCGGCUGCUGGGCGACGAUCCUGAACAAGGCGAGCAUCGACCUCGGCUGGCUCUUCUACGUUCAAGGCGUCGUCCUCAGCCCCGCCGUCAUCCCGAUCGCGCUCACCGUCUCCUGGUCGAAGCUCACCCGCGCGGCCGUGUUCGCGGGGUGCAUCGGCGGCGCGGUCCUCGGCAUGCUCGCGUGGAUGAUCGGCUGCUGGAAGAUCUACGGCGAGAUCAAUAUCCCGAACCUCGCGCAGCCGUACUCGGCCGUCUGCAGCGGCCUCACCGGCCUGCUCUUCUCCGGGAUCAUCACCGUGCUCGUCUCGCUCGCCCGCCCGGCCAACUACGACUUCGCGGGCACGCGCGCGAUCGCGACCUACGACGAGCCCUCGUCCUCCGCGUCCUCCAGCCCCACCCCGGACCGUGAUCUCGAUCUCAAGGCAGACCCAGAGAAGGCCCCCGUGGACGUCGAGGCGCACCCCGUCGCGCCCGCGCCCGCGGACAAGGACACACUCGCGACCGUGGACGGCCCCGUCACCCGCGCGGAGCUCGAGGCCGUCUUCCGCCGCGCGGCGUGGUUCUCGCUCGCGCUCGCCGUCGCCGUCGCCGUCCUCGUGCCGCUGCCGAUGUUCUUCUCGCACUACGUCUUCAGCCGGACCUUCUUCGCGUUCUGGACCGCGUGCACCAUCAUCUGGGCGGCCGCGAGCGGUUACUGGUGCAUCUUCCUCCCGCUGUGGGAGUCCCGCGCCGAGCUCGGGGUCAUCGUCCGUGGGGUGUUCGGCGUGGUCGCGUAG